AUGGUAGAUACUGUUAAAUUUAAAGAACCAAGCAAUUAUACAUGUUCUACAUGUAACACAUGUUUUUCUUCUGCUUGGAAAUUACUUAAACACGUUCAGCAAUCACAUGGCUUAAAAAUAUAUGUUGAGGAAUCAGCUCAUUCAGAAGAAUUAGCUGUAAAAAGUGUAUCCAAUUCGUCCAUGGUAUCAUCUCUUUCAGAAUCAAUGCCAAUAUCAUUUGUGCAGUCCUUACAAAAACAGACGAGUAACUGUUCUUCCAGCAAUAUCAGUAUGUCCAGUUCUCUGAGUACUACAUCUUCAAAUAAUAAUAACAGUCAUGGCUCGUCCCAACAACAAACACAUCACCAACCUGAGCAACAGCAUGCAACAACAAUUGUGGCAGUAGCUGUUGAGCAACAGAAGCAACAGCAAAACAGUAUCACAACAGCAAUGAAAAAUGCUCAAAAUUUGGCUACAGUUACUGCUGCUGGCAUGCGACAUCAUUCAUUACUACCUCCAACAGACAUACAUGGAAAUCCGUUUAAUAUUCUUCGGAUGCCAUUACCAUCCAAUAUUUCACAUAAUCCAGUAGUUCCUUCAGUUACGCCUUUAUUUUCCCGUCCAGAACAUUAUCGUAUGGAACAAUUAGUUUCAGAGCAGUUUCGUCAUCAUGGGAUUAAUUUUGCUGCUGCAGCUGUAGCAGCAGCCAGUUCAUUUACAUCAUCCCACUCUUCGCAAUUGACACAAAAUAAUAACUCAAAUGAACAAUGUACAAUGAACAAUAACCAACGCAAUGCAGUAGCAACGCCUAGCCCCAUUCAACCACCAUGUGGGAUAGCACCACAACAAAUCACCAAUAAUCUAGAACCUCAGAUGGAUUUUUACUCACAGCGAUUGCGUCAGCUUGCAGGAACAAAGAGUCCUGGAGCUGGAAAUAUUGUUAACUCGAACUCGCCGAGUCCUGGACAAAAGCAAUCGCCACAUUACGCGAGUGCAUCUCCCACUCACUUACCCACUUCAUUAGUUACUAGUUCUACUCGAUCCCAAACACAUUCACCAACGGAAAAUAAUAAUAUAAUGACUAAUGAAAACGAAAGUAUUAACUCAACUUGUACACCUCCUUCCAAAGUAAUACAAGAUAGUGCUGUAAUACACGCAUGCGGUUUUUGUGAUAAAAAGUUUCGAUAUGAAAAUAAUCUUAUUAUUCAUCAACGAAAUCACACUGGUGAAAAACUUUAUAAGUGUACGAUUUGUGAUUACGAAUGCUCUUAUAUAAAUAAACUAAUGAAACAUAUGCGAGUGCAUCGCAGUCCUGGAAGUUUUGAAAGUUCAAUUGAAACAAAUGAUGCUGAAGAAUCUGCUCAAGAAGAGGAAAAUGAAGAGGAAAUAAAUGAGGAAGAUGACGAAGAAGACACUGAAGAAACUGAUGAAGCAUAUUAUGAAGCUGAAGAUUUAAGCAUAAGCAGUCGUUUGGAGUCUAAAUGCGAAAGUUCAAAAUUAAUAAAUGUUGGAGCUACAUCACUUGUAGGAGAAUUAAUGGAUAAAUUCGGUCUCUCAAAUAUUGCGCAAUAUUCUGAAGCUUAUAAACUAGCUUUACAGGAAUCAAAUAAUUUUAAGAUUAAAGAUAAUAAAGAGCAUGAUCAUACCAACUCUAAUAAUUCCUCAUUUCAACCAUCAUCACAAAAACUUAAUGGCAUACCAGUUGCAAUACGGCUACAGGAUGAAAUUACGAAAAGUAUAUUUCAACAACCAACGCAACAAGAAACAUCUUCACAAGUUCCACUAUUUAAUCCAUUUCAAAAUCCCUUUGAGUUGUCGAAACGUUUAAAAAUGGAAGGGAGUGGUUGGUGGAGUGUGUCUUCACUUCAUCGCAAUGAAUCAUUAUUUGAAAAUCUUAAACUUAAACCAUUAGGACAUGGAUCAGCCAAUUCUUUACUUCAAAACUCCCUGAUAAAAAAAGAAAAUCGUCAACGUAAUGAUACUUGUGAAUUUUGUGGUAAAGUAUUUAAAAAUUGUUCAAAUUUAACUGUGCAUCGUCGCAGUCAUACUGGUGAAAAACCUUAUAAGUGCGAAUUGUGUUCCUAUGCAUGCGCUCAAAGCUCAAAGUUAACACGUCAUAUGAAAACCCAUGGGCGAACGGGAAAAGAUGUUUACCGUUGUCGAUUCUGUGAUAUGCCUUUUAGUGUGCCAAGCACAUUAGAAAAACACAUGCGUAAAUGUGUUGUUAAUCAAGGAAAAUCCUCAGGUCCUGUGAACAGUGUAGCAAUUACUCAGGGUACAGUACAACAUUUACAAUCACAAAUAUCAUCGCAACAGCUAUCACCUCCAUUUACAUCUCAAUUUUCAAACUUAGGACACAGCAACAUUUCACUUCCAGCAAGUAUAUGCGGCGAUAAUGAUUCAAAUACGUCAGCAAGUUUGCCGCUUCAGCCAAUAUCUAUUAAAGACGAUGCAUGACUUCCUCCUCAUUACUCCAUUAAUAUUGAUGUUUCCCAAAAUUUGAAGCAAAUACAAAAACAGAUUCAACUAGAUCACUUGUCUCGUCUUCGAACAUCUACAUCAAAUCUAAUUAUGUCUCGAACGUAUUAAACAAAUAAAUGAAUACAAUAUUCCGUUGCCCGUAUUCAGUUUCUUUAAGCAGAUAAAUUUCCCACCUAUAUUUAAAUGGUUAACAAAUAUAUGUAAAUAUUGAUUCCUGU